ACAAUUAAGUCACCAUUCUUGAAGAGGAGGAAAAGGGUAUCUAUGGUACCCAGAUAUCGCCUGCCACCAUCGCCCUCCUCAUCGGCUCCCUCCCCGUGGAGGGAUGCUGGUAAUGAGGCCAGGGCCUCUGCAUCUCACUCCGGCAGUGGUGCAUCUGCAGAACCUGUCAUCAGCGGGCCCUGGGAGUGAUCAGGACGAGAGGGAGGGACUGAACGUGCCCUUUCUCUCUCAGCUUAUCUUGACUCCAGACCCUUAAACAGAGCACCGUACCAGCGUGUGUGUGUGCGCGCACGCAGAUUUCUCAUUAUCCCUGUUCUCUGCCUUGUCAGAGGCAGCUGGACAGGCCGUUACAUUAAUAGAUUACACUCCGGAUUGCAGACUGCCAACAGCAAGGGAGACGUCUUCAGCUUGGAGACAUUCUAGGGAAGCCGUUGGAGCCUUUUGUGGUAGACGCAUCUUCAGAAAGCGGGGAAAAGCCCACUUUGUUUUUUUGGGUUUUUUUAAAAGGAACUUUUCAUUGGUCUUGCUGGCAUAAACACCUCUUCUUCCGAGGGCCAGAGUUGCCAGACUUCGAACUUGACAAAAAGCACCACCCAGACAGACUUCCAUGGAUGAAUGGGACGCCCCCCAGUGGAAAAAGGAAGUGGAAAGCCUUCAGUACCAGCUGGCUUUCAAGCGGGAGAUGUCUUCAAAAACCAUCCCUGAAUUUCUUAAGUGGAUAGAAGAUGGAAUUCCUGAAGACCCAUUUCUCAAUCCAGAGCUGAUGAAGAACAACCCCUGGGUGGAGAAAGGAAAAUGCACCAUCCUCUAACCCAGAGCCUUUCCCACCCACCCACAUCCAAGCCCCCAACUACAGAUGGGAAACUGCUUCCUUUGGAGAUCCUCAAGCUUGCAUGAAAACUGAAUGUACAUUUAUAUUAGCUUCCUCUAAUGGCUAAACUCACUUAUACUCUUGUUGUUAGCUCAAAGGGCUUCAUAUUGUAGCUAACUCAAGGCUUCCUAAAUUGCUGGUGUUUGGGGCAGAAAUAGAAGCCGGAGUGGGGAGAUAGAGGCACCCCUCGCUCACAUUUUCCUGGUGAGAAUCCACUUUGCAGUGUUAGUGACUGCCAUCUUUCCCUUGUGCUUAGGCAAGGGGUCCCCAAGAUAUUGCUGCAUUAUAAGUUCCAUCAUUCUCCACCACCAUGGCUGGGGAUGAUGGGAGUUGUAGUCCAACCCCCGGGGACUCCCCUGGCCAAAGAAUUGUGCAAUAUGCAUUGCUUGGAGGGACGCUUCUGGACAGAGGAAAACACAUUUCUCCCCUUCCCGUCCUUCCCUGUUCACCAGCGGCAAAUGGGGCAGGGAGUUUGGCUGAGUGCCAUGUCUUGAUCAACUCCCAGAAUGGGCAAGCUCCGUCCACUGCGCCUCUUGGAAUUCCUUCCCCACUUUGUCCGGUUAAGGGCGCAGGCCUGCUUCCUGGGCCAAUGGUGAUGCGUUUGGAAAUAACCCUUAAGUACAAACUAAAAUGUGGGCCCCAGUUGGGAAUCCCAGUUCACUCCCCCCCCAUGAAUAGCAGCUCCUCCUAAGGAAUCAGGGGGUGCCAGAGAAGGCACAGCUGCCCCUGGGUCCCAGCAGCAGCUUGGAUUUCUCUUUUGUCUCUUCCUUUUUGUGCUGCCUGCAGGCUGGCCAUUCGUCAGGUAGAGUCACAGUGUUAACCUGAUGAGUGGCCAGCCUGCAGGCAGUCUCGGGCGGGACAGGAGGGGAGCUACCUGAGCUGCUGCUGAGAAGCAGAGGCAGCUAAGCCUCCUUUGGCGCCUUCCUGGCUACUUAGGACAAGCAAUACUGGCCCCAAGAAGCCAGCAGGCCCUCAGAAGUGGAGGGCAGCACAGUUGAUAAAUGCAUCCAAUGAGAUGGCUUAAUUUUUCCAGGCGCACCCUAACUCCCUCUUGUGGCACAAAUGUGCCCCAGCCCACAGUUUGGAAAUCACUGAGCUACCCUGACAGGAUGGGGGAAGAGGACCCCCCCCUUGCCCAAUUUUUUGAGUGCAAGUACUGGCAGCACCAAGUUGGAGAACACAAAGCAAAAAUGUGAGUCUUGGACCCUGUAGUUUUGGAAUUAAGCUCUCUCCUUUACUUCUGCGUCCUUUAACCCCUUUUCUCUUUUCUUUUUUUUUGAACUUGUAAAGGCACGUACAACUUUUAUAAAUGAAUUUUCAAUAAUUUUAAAUACUUUUUUUGUAUCUUGUAGGAUAAAAAGUUUUGCAGUAAAAAAAAAAGCCAAGCAGAUGUGAGAAACAAGUGCUUAUAAACAAAAUAAAAGAGAGCAACACCACC